AUGAGGGAGAUCCGCCGUUAUCAGAAAUCUACUGAGCUGCUCAUCCGUAAGCUGCCCUUCCAGUGCCUGGUAAGAGAAAUCGCUCAGGACUUUAAGACCGAUUUGCACUUCCAGAGCUCGGCUGUCAUAGCACUGCAGGAGGCGAGCGAGGCAUACUUGGUCGGCCUGUUCGAGGACACUAACCUGUGUGCCAUCCACGCCAAGAGAGUGACCAUCAUGCCCAAGGACAUUCAGUUGGCACGGCGUAUUCGCAGAGAGCGUGCUUAA